AAUCCUGGUUCUAUCAAGAGACACGUCCCUGGUCCCCACUUCAAGCCGCGUAGGAUGUUUGCUGCCCUCCAGGGACUCCUAGAGGUAGCCUCCUUCCUCGCUGAGUAAUGAAGCUUGUUGUGUCCUGCCCGCCUGCCUGCAGUCCGCCGUCCGCCGUCCGCCGUCCGCCGUCCGCCGUCCGCUGUCCGCCGUCCGCCAUCCGCCAUCCAUGGAAGUGAAAUCAAAUUAUUUUAUGAAAUGAACACAGAUGGUAAUUGCGACCCCCCCACACCCAAGCCAUGGCAAAAUAAAAACUUGGCCACCCUAUGCUGGUAUCUCCGAUUGGUUGAUCAGUGCUCAUUCGGGGCUGGCAGUUGCAGCAUCACCUGGGAGUUCCGAAAGCAAGUUUCUGGUCCCUACCCCAGACCUACAAAGUCAGAACCUCUGGGAACGGAGCCCAGCAAUCUGAUUUUUAAAAACUCCCAAUGCACACCAAAGUUAAAGAACCACUCUACCUGCUUGUGAAGAGGCCGAGAGAAAGAGAAGUGACUGGAGAGCCGAGUGAGAUGAAAGAAUGAUUUCUGUGGCUGUGGUUUUAAGGGAGAAAAUACUCCAGCUUUUUAAAAAAAACUUUUUAUUGAAAUGCAAUAUACCUCCAGAAAAGUGCAUGUGUCACAAAUGUACAGCUGGAUGCACUUUCACAAUCAGGAACCCAAGCAACCAACCUCAGAGAAACAACAUCACCAAGCAUCCCAGAAGCCCUCUCUGCCUCCUCCUGACCUGUAAUGGCAGAAAUUAGUCUCACCUGUUCUUGUACUUUAUACAGAGGGAAGCAAAUAGGAUGUGCUCUUCCGUCCCUGGCUUCUUUCAGUCGUCGUGUCUUUGUAAGAUCCAUCUAUAUCAUUGCAUACAAUUGUAGACCCCUCAUUCUCACCACUGCAGAGUAUUGCACUGUGUGACUACAAUCAUGCUACUGAUAAUGGGUGUGUGAGCUUUCCAAGUUGGGGCUGUUCCAACUAGGGCAGCUAUGAAUAUUUUAGUACAUGUCUGUUGGGUACAUACCUAGGAGAGGAAUUUCUGGAGACUCGACACUGUUUAAAUGUUGUUGAGAAGGAACCAGCAGAGAAGAUGUGAAGCUACAGGAGAGAAGGGGGCCACUGAGUGAGGUCCCUGGGGAAGCAGGAGAACUGCUCCUUGAAGUGAAACCCAGAGUGAAGGAAUAUGGAAACACCUGGUUUCCAGGCUGCAGCUCCCCAAGAGCCCUAUGGCGCCACCUGCUGGAUAAGGGCCGCAUGACGUGCCCAGGGAGACCUGUUGUAGAUUCCACACCACACUUCUCCAAGGGUGCCUCCACCUCCUACCCACCGGCUCAGGCUCGGGCAGGGCCUCCCAAGACUCAGCCUGGAAGGCGGGCAGGCACCGUGGGCCAUGGAACCCACAGCAGGGCCUGUGCUCUACCAGAAGCUGCUGGUCUGGGAACCAAGCUUGGAGUCUGAGGAGGAAGAGGGGGAGAUAUCGGAGCAGCUCAUUCCAGAUCCCUCGGGGCCCCAGGACUCCUCUGGGAACAAGGCUGGCAGUCUGCCCGGGGCCUGGGCCCAACUGCUGGCUGCCCUGCUGCUGCUGCUGGCCGCUGGCUUCUCCCUGGCCGCAAGGCAACUCCGCAGCAGCGGUGCCUCUCCAGGAACCUUGGGCUCUGGGGCCGCUCCAGCCAGCGGGCACUCCCACAGGCCUGGCGUGUACCACCGCGGCGGCAUCAUCAGCCCUACAGCCACGUGCUCCCACCUGGGUCCAGAGCUGUUUGUUGCCGGGGGCAACGUCAUGGAUGCUGGAGUUGGAGCAGCUUUGUGUCUGGCGGUGGUGCAUCCUCACGCCACAGGGCUAGGUGCCAUGUUCUGGGGCCUCUUCCAUAAUAGCUCCUCAGGCAACUCAACCACCCUGACGUCAGGCCCAGUCCAGACCCUGGCCCCCCGCCUGGGGCUACCCUCGGCUCUGCCUGCCCUGCAUUUGCUACACACAUGCUUUGGCCGCCUGCCCUGGCCACACCUGCUGGUAGGCCCCACCACGCUGGCUCAAGAGGGCUUUCUGGUAGACACAUCCCUGGCCAGGGCUCUGGCAGCCCAGGGCACAAAGGACCUCUGUAACCUACUCUGCCACACUGAUGGGACUCCCCUGGGCCCUGGGGCCCGAGCCACCAACCCCAAACUGGCAGCUGUGCUCCACCGGGCUGCACUUGCCCCCGCCCCAGACCUUGCCGGGGAUGCUCUACUCAGUCUGCUGGCCGGAGACCUGGGGCUGGAGGGCCCCUCAGCUGGGCCCAUGCCCACCUUGGAGCCAGCACUGCAGCUACCUGGGCCCCAGGGCAUCCUGUUCACCACCCCCAGGCCCUCAGCUGGCCCGGAACUCCUGGAACUGCUGGAGGCAGCUCUACAGUCCGGGGGGCGCAGCCCUGCCCCCUGCCCAGCACUCCUACGAGCUGCUGUCACCCCCGGGAGCGGUGUCCUGGCCACCGUGGACAGCAGCGGCUCUGUGCUCCUUCUCACCUCCUCGCUCAACAGUUCCUUCGGCUCUGGACACCUGUCCCCAAGCACUGGGGUUCUACUCAGCAACCUGGUGGCCGAGUCUGCAAACAGUGCCUGGGCCUGUCCCCUCAUCCUUCUUGACAGCUCAGAUGACACAGAGGCCGCUGUGUUGGGGCUCAUGGCUUCAGGGACCCCUGCAGCUGCCAGAGUCAUGGCUCACACACUGCUCAGCCACUCGGCCGGGCCCCAAACCCAGGCCCAGCAAGGACCAACAGAGAGCCCCGGAGCUUGUGGCCAAGGGACCCUGCUUCAGGUGGCAGCCCACGCAGAGCACGCCCAUGUGUCCAGUGUCCCCAGUGGCUGCUGCUCCUUUCAGGGGUUUUAAGGUGGGGCGGUGCCUGGCAGGGGUGGGUGGGAGUA